CAACACUAUGCAUCUUGCCAGUUUGAUCAGCUCCUGCUCCCUCCUACUGUUAUUGGGGGCCCUGCCUGCAUGGGCGGCCAAUAAUGACCCCCUUGAGAAGGUCAUUGAAGGAAUCAACCGAGGGCUGAGCAAUGCAGAGAGAGAGGUGGGCAAGGCCCUGGAAGGCAUCAAUAACGGAAUCACUCAAGCUGGAAGGGAAGUGGAGAAAGUUUUUAAUGGACUUAGCCACUUGGGGAGCCAGGCCGGCAAGGAGCUGGACAGGGGCGUCAACGACCUCAACCACGGCUUGGACAAGGUAGCCCAUGGAAUCAACAGUGGCGUCGGACAAGCAGGAAAAGAAGCCGAGAAGUUUGUCCAUGGGGUCAACAACGCUGCUGGACAGGGCGCUCACCAAGACGGAUCCACCGGCCAUCACGGAGGGGGUGCAACCACAACAUUAACAUCUGGAGCUUCGGUCAACAAGCCCUUCAUCAACUUUCCAGCUCUGUGGAGGAGCGUCGCAAACAUCAUGCCCUAAACUAAUGCACUGGCCUUGCUGAGCAGACUGACAUUCCUGUUGUUCUAUCAGCUGAAAUGACCUGGAGAAGUGGGGUGGGG